CGGCGCAGGGGAGAGGCUCAGUGCCUAUCAGUGUUUCACAGAGCCGCGGAAUACAGGCAAUUUAUUAAAGUAAGCUCAUUAAAUCUUUCCUGAUGUCAAUGUGAACAACAACCGCAGUCAUUGGAGCCUUUCAGAGGAACAAUUAAACGGACAUCGGAGUUGAAAUCGCUGCAGAAGGUUUCCGAGAAAAGGGGAUGAGGAGAACCGCUGGAAGUGAACGCUGAUUUCUCUUCUCCUGGAUUAAACGGCGUUCAUUAAAUUCCUGCACCUGCUCUCCCGUUAAAGGAAUAUCGCCUUAAACACAACAGGGGCUUUGAAUUAUUUUACGUGGAUGAAAUCACUCUUGAUUGUAUACGCCAAAGUCUGUUCGUUGUUUGGAUUUAAGGACAUUCGUGAAUCGCAGUUUAUUUAAUCGCAAAGCACUUAUUUAUUUAUCGACUUCGCGUCGACAGAGUAAGCUGUCGUUUUUAUUGGAGUUUGCAGUUUCUUAUUAAGCCUUACUUGGAUAUUUAUCCAGUAAGUAAACGGGUAAAAAGGUCCUAAACGACUGAAUCAUUUACGGUUGGUCAAAACGCAGUUAACGGAGCGCAGCUGACACGGCGCUUUUUUGGGAACAGCUCCUCACUUUGGUCCGCUAUCGUCUAUAACAAAAACACACUGGAUUCAUUUAAAAGACAAAAUCUUUUUUUAAUACUAUUAGCAAGCAAAUGAAAAUUUGCCAACGAGCCAGCCGAAGAAGCUGUUUCUGGAUGACUUUUUACGCGUGAGAACAACAUAGAAAAAGGAAACAAACUUUAUAAUAAAUCGACUAAAAUUACCAGGGAUUAUUAUUUUUUUUUUACUUCACCCGAGGACACAACGAGAUUUUAUUGAUUUUAUUUUUUCGCUUAUUCUGCUCGUUCGACCGCUACAUCGUACCCAUAGUCUCGUCGGCACGAACCUGCAUGGACCUCUAGUCAGCAGCACCACAGAGCGAUUUAUGGUCGGCCUCGGCAAACCAGCGGCUGUAGAAACGUACCUGCGUCUGCGCAGUCAUGCUGGCCUGCCUGCAGAGGAGGCAGAACCUUGCGCCCCAGCACGCCACGACCGUCUGCAGCAGCAGCAAGAGUCUUGAGCCAACGCAGCACAUCAGCCGCAAAUGUGAGCUGACUGUCCCCAUGCCUUCCCCGCGCUACCCCAGCGCAGCAGAGCUGGAUGCCUAUGCGCAGAAGACCUCCAACACCCCGCUCUCCAUCAAGAUCUUCCCCACCAACAUCAGGGUCCCCCAACACAAGCACCUUAACCGGACUGUGAAUGGAUUUGACACCACUGGACAACGCUACAGCCCCUACCCCCACAUCCACCCGGGGGCUUACCAGGGUUUGUUAGCGAUCGUCAAAGUGUCAGCAUCGUCAACUUCAUCCUCAUCAUCAUCUUUUGUACCCACCACAAAGGGCGUUCUCAAAAACUCAGAGGGCAGGAGGACUAAGUUGUCUCCGGCGCAGAUAGCAGUGGCUCCUUAUCCGCCUCCGAACAGCAGCACUUUAGCUCAUUGCCACGGACAGAUUGUGUACCAUACAAGUCAUCCCAAACCCCCUGAGGCCACCACGUUGCCGGUUCCCCCAAACGUCACUGUGGCCAGCUCCGUGAUUCCCGUGGCAGGGGGCAGAGGACUAAAUCUCCCUCCUCAGUCGAACCUUCCCUCCAUCCAGAGCAUCAUUUACCAGAUCAACCAGCACUGCCAAGCCCAGGCUCUGCAGCAGGUGUGUCAUAACGGUAUGUCUGGGGGACACCCAAACCCAAGCCCGUCCAAACCGGGCACCAUCAACACCUCAGGGGGGACUUACCUCACCAGCGUGGCUCCACAGGGAAACAUUGCCUAUUCAGGGACGGUGCUACCAGGGCAGAACGGGGAGGUGAUGAAGGCCGGGGUGUAUCCCGAAGGCAUGGACUACCUGCUGUGGCAGAAACAACAGCAACAGCAGCAGGCAGUGUUGAGGAUGUACAGCGGGGGAAGCGGCGGAGGAGGCGCCAUCAGCAAGUCCCCCGAAACCUGCAUUCCAGGAGGAUCCAUCAUGCUGGGUGGGGCGCAGGUGUCCUCCUCCAGAGGUUAUCCGAUGACGGCCAGUAGUAGCGGUGGGGGUGGGCUCGACAAGGUCAGCUCCUCCCCUUUGAACUGUGUGGGUAUGCACGGGAACUUUUCUGUCGGGCAGUACUUCGCACCUCCGUGGAACAGCGUCUUGGUUACGCCGGACAGCGACUGCUACAACCCUCAAGAGUUGCCGGGAGCUACGACCACAGGUGGACCGCCGACGGGGCACAGGGAGCUGGGAUUUCCCCAUCAUCACCAACUCCCUCAUCAUCAUCAUCACCACCAUCAUCAUCACCCUCCCAUAGACAGCACGGGUGGUCUGUGCUGCAGUUUCCCCAGUAAAAGUCUAUGUAAUACGGCAGUGUUGAGCAGCAGUCUCCAGUCACUGGAAUAUCUCAUUAAUGACAUCCAUCCACCCUGCAUCAAGGAGCAGAUGUUGGGGAAAGGAUAUGAGACCGUGUCUGUGCCCAGACUGUUGGACCACCAGCACGCACACAUCCGCCUCCCUGUUUACAGAUAAGAUAAGACGGGAGGUGGGUCAGGCUGACCAACAUAAAGACCUACUGGAAAAUCUUUAAUCAAAAACUGUGGAUGUUGUCAUUGCGGAUUGCCUAGAUUUGCAGUGGAAUUUGGUGGUACUGCUAUAAGCAGACACGGAAGAUCUGGAUCAAAACACGGUGAACGAAUGCUGGAAGCCGAUCGGCGCCUCUCGGCUCAGAGCUGAGAGGAAAAAGCUGGCUGUGAAAUAUGUUGCAAGAUCCUAAAUGUGGAUUCUGUGAUUCGGUUUAUUUUUACCAAGAGGGAUUUUUCCAAUCGUUUCUAUUUGUGAUUUUCCCCUUUUAAUUGUUUUAUCAGACUAAAAUAUUGUUUUGGGUGAGAGUCCAAGUGGUUUAUAUGAAGUAAAUAUGGCCUCAUUGUGAGUAUCUGAUUGAUGAUGAUGAUGAUGAUGACGAUGAUGAUGAUGGUCUUAAAGCAUUAUGGAAAAACACCAUAAGAGGUAAAGGUACGCAAAGACCAAAAAAGCACCAAGAUCAGUGCUUUUAUGUGAAGUUAACUGAUAUUUCAUUGAAUGAGAAAGCUUAGCGGUUUAUUAUGGUCGUAGAAAUUGCACUGCUUGAGGUGUAAACAUAUUUGUCAAAGUACUAGGAGGUUGGAAAUUAGAAGUUUGAAUAUAAUGUAUUUAAAGAACUUGAAGACUUGAACCUAUUUUUGUUGUUUUAUAUAUAUUUGUAGUAUAUAAUAUGCAUUGGCUGCUAAGGGAAUAAGAGUGUAAAAAUGCUUAGUUUUUUUUUAUGUUCUAUAAUAAGAGUCUUUUAUUUCAAUUAUUUGAUUCUCUUUUGGCUGCAGUAUAGUUUCUGCUGUUCUCGUGGUGUUAUCAUCACCAAGGGCCAAACAACAGAACGCUCAUUGAUUUACCUACACUGGAAUCCACACUCUCCAAAAACGCAGAAGAGCUCCGUUAGGCCGUUCAGGUAUUUUUGGCUUAAUCUUAUAAUAUUCCGACAUGCCGAAAUGCCUUUGAGUCCUGGAAAUGAGCUGUCUGUUUUUGGAAAUCUUAAUUUCCGAGCGGAAGGCCUUGAUUGGUUAGGGAACAAUUAGCUCCUCCCUCAUGGCUUUGAAGAAGAACUGAUAUAGCUAGAUAGGCCGGAUUUCCCGCACAUACACAGACUCGAGUGGAGUUAACCUAUCGAAGGUGUCGCUUGACCAUUCCUACUUUAAAAAAGAUGAAAACAAUCAUUGUGGUGCCUCUCUCAGAGGUGAAAGGAGGACGAGCGUUCGUCUCGGCUCUACGCUAGCGGUUCGAGCAGGGUUGGGGCCGCUCGUAAGCUUUGUCUCAACACUGAAAUAUUUAUUCCGACUGUGACUUUCCUGUGAAUGUACUGCACUUAGAUUACUGAAAAGACUAAUGCCUUGUGGGACAGAGAGGAGGGAAAUAAAGAAAAAUUGGAUGGGCACAGCAGUCCUCGGCGUUAAAUUAGCAUUUCUUUUGUCAGUCAAAUUUCACCGGUAAAUUGAAUUUGGAAACUCGAGAGAGGCGACGGGGGGUUCCUGUCGGAGGCAUAAGCUGGCUACAGUCUAGAUUUAUGAAGUGCAAUUAUUAUGACUGUAUUAACAAUUUUGUUUUCUCUGAGCUUACACCAAAAAAAUGUAAACUACGGCUGUGUCUACAUUCCCAAUGUACCACAUACUCAUUCCCUUCUUGUUUUGAGGUGCAAAAUAAACUGAUUUCAAGACUUUA